GAGGCCCACGGGACGCCGAGCGAGUGGAACGAGCUCGCGAGGCCGCUGUACUGGGGCAAGCGCACGGCCAAGAUCUUCGCGACGUCGUCGCGGGUGGCGCGGCACCCCGUGGAUGCCGGGACGAUCAUGAGAUUUCUGCGGCUGCGACUUGGACCAGACGGCAUGCCUGUGGCAGAGUUGCUUCGGCCCCCGGAGCCGCGCGGCGGCGGCUGGUUUCGGUGCGCGUGGGCGGCCUUCUCGGACCUGAAGCUGCCCAAGAGCUCCUCCGGGCUCGGCAUCGGCGGCAAUCUGGCGGAGUGGGUGGUCGCGUGGCACGGCUGCAAGGUGGAGGCGCUGUACUCCAUCAUGUACCACGGCAGGCGCCCGGCGUCUACCUCCACAAGGAGCGCGGCAAGAUCGGCGCCUACCUCAGGUUCGUGCCGCUGUGCUCCGAUGGCGUCUUCUGGGCCUCUGCCUGGGAGGUGCGCGUCGACCGCUCGGAGCGCGUGCCCGUGUCCAACACGGACCAGUGGGUGCAGCCGGCGAGGAGCCUGCGCCUCGCGGCCCUCUGGAUCUGCGGUCGCCGGGCCGCGGACAUGGAGGCUGGCUCCGAGGUGGUGGCCGAGUGGGACCCAAAGCUGGAGGCGAAUCCGCGCGACUGCCCAGAGGAG